AUGUCAGUUCCUAACUUCAUGUCAUUGGUGAGGAAACAUUACAGUAUAGAUGUUACUAGGGACCAAUGCUACAAGGCAAAGAAUUUGGCAAAUGAGAGGAUUCAAGGAAGCAUUGAAGAACAAUAUGCAAAGCUGUGGGAUUAUUGUGAGGAGCUUAAGAGGCAAAACCCAGGGAGCAAUGUUUUAGUGAAGACAUUAUUGCGGGGAGAUGAUUCAAUUUUUCUGAGGCUUUAUAUAUGUUUUGCUCAACUGAGGAAGGAGUUUAUUGAAGGAUGCAGAACCAUGGUUGGUUUUGAUGGGGCUUUCAUCAAAGGACAACAUCCAGGACAACUUUUAAGUGCUGUUGGGAUUGAUGCUAACAAUGGCAUGUUCCCAAUAACUUUUGCUGUUAUGGAGACAGAAAGACUGGGGCAAGCAAUUAAGGCUUUAAAGCCAGAUGUUGAACAUAGGCAUUGUGUAAGGCAUCUGCACAAUAAUUUCAAAGUUGCUAGGCAUGGUAGUUUGGCACUUAAACAGAGGCUAUGGGCUGCUGCUAGAAGUACAACACUUCCUUGGUGGGCAGCUGAGAUGGACAAUAUUAUGGAAAUAUCUGCACCAGUCAUGCAUGGCUUAAAGAUAGGCCAACAAUUCAUUGGAGCAGGCUUGGUAAGAGAUGUGCUCAAUCUCCACAAUCGCUAUGAAGCUCUCAAGCCCUCCUUCAAAGCCUCCGAGUUCUGCAAGGCUACUCAUGAAACCAACUUGGCUGAUUAUGCAAAACAUAAAGCAGAACUAGACCAAAUGGUUGCAGGCUAUAAAGAAGCCAAGGCCACUGCCGAUAAGCUGGAGAAGCAAAUUGAAGAAGUCCAAAAACAGCUGGCAGAGGUGCAGAACAAGCUUGGGGCUAGACUGAGUUCUAAGACCAAAACAACUUUCCUUGUGCAGAAUAUGGUCUCAGCUUCCAGGCUAGCAUACAGAUUACUGGAUCGAGAUAGAGAAAUCCAUGCAGCACCAAUCAAUGGCAUAUGUGUGUUCCAAGGAUUUGCUUAA